AUGCCACGCCGUCUGUCCCUGCUCGGGAUCGCGCUCUUAAGCACGCUCCUGAUGAUGUGUGUCUGGGUCUCUCUUGUUUUCCUUGCCGCCCCAUUCAACUACCAUAACACCUCCAAACACAAGUAUACUCUUCCAGCAGAAAAACUGGACACAAUCCCUGUAACAAAUCGCCAAGCAACAGAGUACCGACUUCUCGACUUGGACAACAUCCAUCAAUAUCUUCCUCUGGAUGACACAACAGAGUACUCUCCGACAGACCACAUCCUCAUCCUCACUCCUCUCAUGGAUGCAGCACUUUACCUCGACAACUACUUUCAAAAGCUUGGCCAGAUUGACUAUCCAGCGGAACUCAUUUCUCUUGGCUUUCUUGUCUCGACGACUACAGAGGACAGCAGCAAUGAUCCUACUCUGUUGUCCCUCCAAAAACGCAUCGCAACUCUUCGCGCACAUCCCGACAGACGCUACCGAAGGAUUACCGUUCUCUCUCAAAAGUCCAAGCUUUCGAGUGUCGCUCACGACCAGCGCCAUGGAUACGAACUUCAAGCUGCCCGCAGGAAGAUACUGGCUCGGUGUCGAAACGCUCUUCUCAUGUCUACUCUGAUUGACGAGUCGUGGGUUCUUUGGCUGGACAGUGACGUGGUUGAUUACGCACCUGAUCUAUUGUUUAAGCUGAUAAAGUACGACAAGGACAUCAUUGCGCCCAACUGUUUCCGAUUCGAGUCGAGCUGGUUCAAGACCAAGAAUGUUCCCUAUGAUCGCAACAACUGGAUCGAAACCAAAGAGUCGCUUGCCAACCAACGUACACUUGGAAAAGACGAGAUUCUCUUCGAAGGCUACGAGAAGGAACAUCCAACUUAUCGGCAGUCGAUGGCCGAUUUGGCAGGGAGUGUGCGAGGACUGAUUGAGAUUGAUGGAGUGGGAGGGACGUUUACGUUAGUCAAGGCGACUGUUCAUCGGGCAGGAAUCAACUUUCCGAGUCUUCCUGUGGACCAUGAGAUUGAGACUGAGGGAAUGGCGAGGUGGGCCAAGCGCGAGGGCUUUGUUCGGUCGACAACCACAACCACGACUGUCUCUGUUGUCACCUCAACAACCACUGCAGCAGCACCACCACCAUCGGCUCCUCUUAGCGCAGUCGCCGCUCGGAGACAGCAAUUAUUGGAGCUCGCCAACAAGCCCUCUAGCCCGGCUACUCCAGAGGCCGAGGAACACUUGGAGGUCGACAAUGUGGAUGGUGACGAGGAGGAAAAGGCAUCGCUGGACAGCAACGAGAGCGGCGACAGUGACUCGGACGAUGCCUCGGACCAGAGUGAAGAAGAAGACGGCGGUGCCAAAUCAGCGACUAAGGAGGCCAUAGCAGCUCAACCGAACGAGAGGCGCGACCGGAGGCUGUUCACGGAUCCCCAAUCUGUGUCAACUUUCAAGCCAACGAGAUACAAUGUCGUGUAUGUGUCAAAUUCUGGGAGUCCGAGCAUGGCCCUCAUUGGCAUGAGACGUGGCGAGACGCUGGUGUUCCAAGGAUGCGCGGAUGUGAUACCUCUUCUGGGACACUCAACAGCAUUGGGAUACAUCAUGUCAGGGACAGCUGAAAAGAAGCGCCCCGGAUCAAAAAAGAACGUCAGGUCAGGACCAAAGGAGCUCGACCUGUCCUCAAUUUCGACAUUUCCUAUCAUCUCGCCACGAACCCAUGCCCUUGCUGCUAUCGAAUCUAUCGCCCUUGCAGGAUCACAAAGAAACAUGCUUGUCCCUCAACAAACGACACCCACACCACCAGAAUUGAAGGUUCAGUUGGAGACCCUGACAUCUCAGCUGGCUUCGGAGGAUUUUGACACGGUGCUCGCCAUUCGAUCGGCCUCAGAAUGCGGGAUCCUUGGGAUCGAGAAGGUCGUCCCUCUAUUCAAAGGUAUUCUCUCCAUGAAGCAGAAUGCUCGCAUUCGCGGCAACGAGGGCGAGGAAAAGUUGGCGCAGAUUCGAUUUGAGACCAGUCUGCCCGGAUUUCACCCUAUCUUAGAGCCAACAGACAGCAUUGCGGCGCUCAGGACACCCAACACUUGGCAAGAUGCUAUGCAGGCGCUGAUCGACUCGACCGUGGACGAGAACUCGCAGCGUGUCAAGAGGCCUCCUGUGUCGGUUGUGUGCGGAGGCAAAAAGAUGGGCAAAUCGACCUUUUCGCGCCUGAUUUUGAACCGCAUGCUGAACAGAUACAGAAAGGUGGCGUUUAUCGAAUGCGAUAUUGGACAGUCCGAGUUUACACCAGUCGGGAUGGUGGCACUUCAUGUCAUCGAGACACCGGCAUUAGGCGCACCGUUCACGCACCCUCGGCAACCGUAUAGAGCGUUCUUUGUCGGAAACAGUACCCCCAAAGACGACCCCGACUACUACAUGGCCUGCGUUAAGGAGUUGGUCAAGACAUACUACGGCGAGGUCUCGCACACGCGCUCAUGGGAUGAGAGCGACGAUUAUCACAGUGACGACGAGGAAGACGACCAUAUACCACUUAUCAUUAAUACGCAAGGCUGGAUAAAGGGCAUGGGAUACGACCUUUUGAUCCAACUCCUCGCCUACACCGCUCCCUCUCACAUCUUUGGAUUCCACUCUCCAUCAAAUGGUGAUUCCAACUUGCCUCCGUCGUUCUUCACCACCAUUCGGGACCAAGCUCUGAACGCAGGACGUGAGCAGCCAAAGUUUCUCUAUGUUGCUGCAGUUGUUCUUGGCGACGAUAGCAACCUUUCGCCCUUUACAAAGUACCACCCCGCGGAUCACCGUGCGUUGGCGUUACUGUCAUACUUUUAUCUCGAUCAAGAGACUGGUCUGAGAGGUGACGUGGAGAAUGGGAAUCGACUUGUUUGGGAUUUCACACAGGCAUUGGUGGUACGGCGGCCGUGGUGUUGGGACUGGAAGAACGCCAAGGGUGUUUGGGUGCUGUUUGAUCAGGUCCCUCCCAGUCAAAUCCUGUAUGCUUUGAACGCAAGUCUGGUGGCUUUGACAGGCGACAAGGAGAACCCACACGACAACGACAAUGGUGGUGAGACGGAAAUAUCUCAGCCUCAGCCCUCUGUGGCUGCUGAUGGUGCACCUGCAGGACAGAUCGUACCACUAAGCUAUUUUCCACUUGGACAGUACCCUCCACCACCUCCGGAACACACGACUUGCCACGGUCUUGCAAUCAUUCGGAGCAUUCAGCCUUCGACUCGCACACUCCACAUUUUGACCCCUGUGGCACCAUCCAAACUGAAGAAGUGCAAUGGAGUUGUGAAGGGAGCGAUUCAUAUGCCUAUCCACGCCAGUCUGGAUCACAACGAGGACAACAGUGCUGUCCGAGGUGUCGCAGGCGUACCCUGGAAGGAUGUUCCUUACCUGAACUACGAGGCACCUAGUGGCACGUACAGCAACAACCCAUCCCAGCCACCUUCCCCUGGUAGCCAGUCUCCUCGACUAGGGUAUGCUCCUCCGGUCAAGAUCAUUGGGUCCGACGCCAAAGUGACCCGCAAGAACCUCGGUCGCAAACGUCUGCAGCAAUAG